CAAUCUUCUCUUUGUAUUCCUGUCUUUCCAAUCUCUUUCUCUUUCUCUUACACACUCUAUUUAAUAUCGAUUUCCAUCUUUCUAUCGUUGUUUUUAAUUCAAUCAAAACGGAAUUGAAGGAAGAAAAGGAGGAGUGUGGAAGAGGAGAGAGAAAGAAAAGGGAGGGCCUUUUUGGGAGGAUGAACACGCCCUCUGUUCUUCUAAUACCUCCUCCCAGAUCUUAGAUUUCCUCGAUUCCGCAUCUGGGUCUCUUCAAUCGGAUUGUUGGAUUGAUCCAUGAAGGAUCAUACGUUCCUCGAUUGAAUCGGAGAAAACCCAAUUCGUAUCCGAUCCGAUUCCGGCGAAUUCCUGUUGGGUUUCUCGAACAAGAAUCUCGUGUUUGAUUUUGAAUCCGGUUCGUGAUUCUGUUAAGAAAAUGGAAGGAAAAUGAGAAUUAUGGUUUUGGAAAUUUAAUGUUGGUCUCAUUCGUUUUGGGGAUUGCAGAGAAAUGGAAUCCGAUCUCGGUAAGCUUUUUAUCGGUGGGAUUUCGUGGGACACGAACGAGGACCGUCUCAAGGAGUAUUUCAAGGCGUAUGGGGAGGUGGUGGAGGCUGUGAUCAUGAAGGAUCGGACCACAGGCCGUGCCCGUGGAUUCGGUUUUGUUGUGUUUGCGAAUCCUGCCGUUGCAGAGCGUGUGGUCAUGGAGAAACAUACAAUAGAUGGUCGGAUGGUUGAGGCGAAGAAGGCUGUUCCUAGGGAUGAUCAGCAUAUUCUGAAUAGAAACAGCAGUAGCAUCCAUGGAUCGCCUGGCCCAGCUCGAACAAAGAAGAUAUUCGUAGGAGGCUUGGCAUCGACAGUAACAGAGAGUGACUUUAAGAAGUACUUUGAUCAGUUUGGGACGAUAACGGAUGUUGUGGUGAUGUAUGACCACAACACCCAAAGGCCGAGGGGGUUCGGAUUCAUCACUUACGACUCGGAGGACGCUGUGGAGAAAGUCUUGAUGAAAACCUUCCAUGAACUGAAUGGGAAGAUGGUUGAGGUCAAGCGGGCUGUCCCGAAAGAGUUAUCUCCGGGGCCUAGUCGGUCUCCUCUGGGUGGAUAUAACUAUGGCAUGAAUAGGGUCAAUAGCUUCCUUAAUGGUUACACUCAAGGGUUUAAUCCAAAUUCAGUUGGAGGAUAUGGAAUGAGGAUGGACAGUAGAUUUGGUCCAAUUGCAGGUGGACGGAGUGGAUUUCCACCAUUUGGUCCACCUGGUUACGGAAUGGGUAUGAAUUUUGAACCUGGUCUGAGCCCAAAUUAUGGAGGAACUGCAAAUUUCAACACUAAUCUCAGCUACGGGCGGGGAUUGAACCCUUAUUACAGUCCAAAUUCGAGUAGAUAUGGUAAUGCUAUUGGGUAUGGUGGAGGUAACUUAGGAAGUGGGUCCCUUUUAAACUCACCGGGUCGAAAUGUAUGGGGAAGCGGUGGACUUAACUACACUACGAGUUCCACGAGUUCGGCAGCUUACAUGGGUGGCUCUGGGAGUGGCACUAUUGGAGCCUUUGGAAAUAGUAGCACAAAUUGGGGUUCGUCUCCUAUUUCGGCUCAAGGUGGGGCUGGCGGUUCUGGCUUUGGUAGCGGAAAUCUCGGAUAUGGAAGUGGUGACAACAGUUAUGGAUUGGGAGGGAGUGGUUAUGCUAGGAGCAGCGGGGCAGGGGGUGCCCCGCAAUCAUAUACUGCAUCGAAUGGCGGGUAUGAUGGAGCCUAUGCAGAUCUAUAUGGUGGCAGUUCUGUUUAUGGGGACCCCACUUGGCGGUCUGCAUCUUCUGAGCUAGAUGGGCCUGGUUCAUUUGGUUAUGGACUUGGAAAUGCCGCUUCGGAUGUUACAGCCAAAGGUUCAGCUGGUUAUAUGAGUGGUUAUGAUGUUAGCAACAGACAAUCAAAUAGAGGAAUUGCUACCUAGGAGAGGACGAUUAUUCUUUCGAUAUCAGAGCAGUUUAUAGUAGGUGAAGGAAUCCGGUGAAGUCAGGUGCACGACUGUGAAUUUUGCACCACCUCGUCGAUAUUUCAGUUAAUUUGAUUAUCUAGAGCUAACUGGAGUGUUUGUUUUGAGAAUUCAAAUUCAGAGAAAGGGAGAGAGAGAGCAAAUGAUAAAAAAGGAUUUUGUGUAAGGUUUGAGAUUUGAGUUUAGCUUCUACAUGGAGUGUAGGUUUUGGGUUUCUUGGGGGUUUGAUUGAGAUGUUAAAUCAGAUUGCGGGAUAUAUUCAGAAGAGUGUUCCAAUCGUGGAGAAUGCAUCCAAUGGACUUUUAUUAUUUUUCCUCGCCAUAAUGUCUGGCGGAAAUUGCUAGUCCUUUGUCAGGUAUGUUUGUUUUCUUUUAUUGUCUUCUUUUCUUAAUUAUCAGAUGUACCAGAGUUCUGGUUGAUUUUACUGUGUGAAAAACUUUCAGUGGGUACCCUUUGCGUCCCUAAAUAAGCUUUCUAUAUAUUCUGAUUCAUUUCAA